AUGUCUGGGCGGACUAAAAAAAAAGUACUAUACGCAGGAAAAGGUUUAGGCAAGGGAAAGGCUGUAUUGAAACGGCAUAGGAAACUAUUACGUGAAAAUAUAAAAGGGAUAACCAGACCUGCUAUUAGGCGGUUGGCCCGAAGAGGAGGUGUUAAGCGUAUCUCAGCUGGGAUCUAUGAAGAAGCCAGACAUGCUUUGAGACAUUUCCUUACAGAGACACUUAGGGAUGUGGUUACGUAUUGUGAAUAUGAGAAGAAAAAGACGGUGACGGUGAUGGAGGUGUUAUUAGCGUUGAAGAGAAGAGGGAAGACUAUUUACGGCUUUGAUGGUGAUAUUAUUCACAAGAGGUUGGAUGGAAGACGACUUGGUGGCUGA